GACGUCUGUUCCAUCGUCAGCCCUACAUGCAGAUCCAGAUACACGUCAACGGGUUGAUUCUUUAAAAACGAAUUUCUGAGCCAGGCGCCCAGAAGUCUGACCGAGCGGAUAACAGCAAUGCCUUGACUCUCAAAGCUUCAGACAUUCUCAUCUCGGCCUGCCCCAGCGCCUCACUGCCACGCUCACCGGCGUCUCAUCUCUGUUGACCGAGUCUCACCACUCGCGUCAAUGUCCACUCGCUCUAAGGAAUGGAAGUUAGAAAUAGUGAUGGCAUGACAGUAUGGGUUCCAAAUGAGGCCUUCGAAUUCAUCCAGAAGAUAUGGAAGCCCGAGUACCAGUGGGCCCCUGUCCCCGUGGACAAGUCCCUCGCAAGGGCACCUGAGCAGAUCGCUUUCAUACGGGCCCCAAGUCCUGGCCCGGAACCAACAGCACCAUCAACAGCAUCUAAUCAGACCCAGAAUCCAAAUGCACCCGCAAAUGAGCCCAAGCCGGCAAAGAAGCCAUCGGUGCUACAGGCAUUUAGGGCAUUUGCCGGGCGGCGCAAUGGUUCGGCACCACCGCCGCAAAAGCCACAGUCGGAACCAAAAGCGACCCCAGAGGCAUCAAAACCAGUAGUGCCACAAUUAUUCUCCGAGAUCUUGGUUGGCUCCGAGAAGCCUUCUGCCACGCCAUCACUGCCACAGCCAGUCAGUGUACCCACGCCCGAAUCAAAGAUGCCAGCCAUACCACCCGUCCCGCCAACACCAAAUGUGGUCCCCGGAACUCCUCGAACUCCACGGACGCCCAGGACUCCUCUUCCGCCGAUAGAGACAACCUUGCUACAGCGACGCUCAAGAACCUCCGGCGACAGCCCUGCAUCGGCUGAGCUUGAGACGGCGAUAACCACAGUAUCAAGCCCGGGAGACACGGAGUCGCUGCAGACACCUUCCACAGCGACAGAGCUUGAGAGCCCACGAACGCCACGAGACAGCUUCAAGCGCAGAAGCAAUCGCAACACGCUUCCGUUGCCUUACAUUGAAGGGAUAUCCGGGCUAAGCAAGCCAGCGCUCCAGCUGUCGAAGCUCGAGUACCUGGGCAACGACAACUACCAGCCCCCACAGGGCCCAUGGCCCUCUGUGGACAACUGGCGCAACUACCAACAGGACAACCAGUGGGGCGGCUACCAGCUUAACCAAGACUUCCAUCCGGGCGGUUGGGAGGCCGUCGAGAAUCGGCGUGCGCUGCCUAUGCCUGGCGACCUGUCAUCGCCACCGGGGCCAUGGAAGCUCGAGGACGGUAGGGGGGACUACAGACCCAAGGCUGGCACGCGGGCCGCGGCGUGGAAAACGCUUGACGGGAGCCGGCGGGAAUUAGACACCAAGGACAACUUUGUCACGCGGAAGCAGAGCAAUACUGCAUGGCAUGGGAGCAAAAAAGGAUUCGCGCUGCGGAUGGAUAUGCAUCUUAAUGUGGAGGUGCAGCUGAAAGGGAGCGUCUCUGGUGACAUCACAUUGUCUUCUGAGGCUCUGUUUGCACUGUAAAUAACGUGUAUAUUAUGUGCUUUUGUGCUGCUGUACUUACGGCAUCGAGAGGUCUGGUGUUCUUCCAAGAAAAUGCUAGCCCAGGUCAGGAGGAAUAUGGAGCAGGAGCUGAGCACCUUGUAAAAAGCGUUGUCAUUUCAUGAUACCCCCAUUGUAUAGUACAUCACGGGCCACCAGCUACGUGGUGUUGUAGGACUAUGACGGUGUAGCAGAAGACAAGUCACAUUAUUGACAUCA